UUACAUACAUUUAAUCCUUUGUCUUCUUUUUAAAUCUUCUUACGAAUCAUAAAGCAGAAAAUAAAGAACGAUAUAUAUGGCGAAAACCCCAAAAAAAGAUCAGCAAGGACGACGAUAUGGGCAUUGACGAAGAGAAUAAGGAGGCGAUGAUGAUGAUCACAUCUAAACUUCAACAUGUCUUAGCCGCGAAAUCGAGAAGGCUACAGUUCAUGUCAUCACCAUUAGUAAAAAACCACGUAUCACCGUCGUCAUCACACUUGUCGUCGUCGUCUCCGAACACUGAUGACUCAUUCUCUCGAGCUUCGGUUCCUUUCUCGUGGGAAGAAGAACCUGGCAAGCCUAAACACCGUAUUCUUCAUCCUUCUUACUCCAAGUGUCUUGAUCUGCCUCCGAGAAUGCUCCUUCCUGGUGACUUUGCCAAAAUGCACCUGACAGAGAAACAUCGUCGCCGUCUCGCGGGAUGGAAACGGUGGUUCCGGUUGAAGAAAGAGAGGGAUGGUGAAGGUCAUGUGGCCGGAAAGAGUAGAUUUGUCUAUCAAUCGGAUGAUGAAGAUGAAGAUGAUAUGAAGACGUACACAAGAACAACUGGAGGUCUCGACUGUUUCUCUUACGUCACUAGUUGUUACUUCUGGGAAGUUCCAUGGAAGAACAAUAAGCUACAAAAAUAUUGCUUUUGAGUUUUGAGAGACGUGUUUUACUUUUUAUAAAUACCAGUGGUUAAGAAUAUUAACACAGUACGUCGUCUUUAUAUACUUGUACCAAAUACUAUCGAGUUAUGGGCUUUUAUGGGCCUAAUGUAAUUCCACGAAAUCAUAAUGUAGUUAUCGAAUA